AUGGCUGGAAACACGAGGCCGCAGUAUGCGCUGAUCACAGGAUGCACGCCCGGUGGCAUUGGACACUACCUCGCCCUGGAAUUCGCUCAGAGGGGCUUCCACGUGCUAGGCACCGUCCGCGAUCCCGCCAAAUACCCUUCCCCCGACCCCCGGAUAACCUAUCUACCCCUAGAACUCACCAGCAACGAGUCCAUUGCGUCCCUCCACAAACGCGUGACCGAAAUCACCGGAGGUAAACUCGACAUCCUCUACAACAACGCAGGCCGCAAUUAUGUUGUGCCCGCGCUGGACUACGACGAGGCCGAGCUACACGAGCUCUUCCAAGCGAAUCUCUUCUCCCUCAUGAAGAUGUGCAGCACUUUCGCUCCACUCCUGAUAGAAGCAAAAGGCACAAUCGUCCAGACGGGAUCGCUGGCAGGUAUCAUGCCGUAUGUAUGGGGGGCGCCGUACAAUGCUGUCAAAGCGGCGCUGCACGCGUAUUCCGACACUCUGCGCGUUGAACUUGCGCCGCUGGGCGUCCGUGUCAUCACCGUCGUCACGGGCGGCGUGAAAUCGAAUAUUGCGCGUCAAGAUCGCACGCUACCGCCAGGCUCAUAUAUGCAGCCGCUGGCGGCAGAGUACCAGCGAAGACUCAAGCACAGCCAGGAGCUCGGCAUGGACACCAAGCAGUAUGCCCACAGCUGUGUAAAACAGGUCCUCGCUGGCGACGGCUUGUUCCGAAAAACGAGAUGGAUAUGGGAGGGCAAGAUGAGCUGGAUUGUAUGGUUCGCGUGGACUUAUCUGCCAACCGCAGCUCUGGAUUUCUAUUUCACAACGACAUUCAACUUGAAUAAGCUUCGAGGAACUGCCGGGCCGGAUAAGAAGACCAACUAA